AUGGUAAAAAUAGAAAAUUUAACUAACCAACCCGAAAGUAAUCAAAAUAACCCUCCGACUAAAAAAGAAGAGUCAGGACUAAUCAAAACCAUUGGUCAACUCUUACCCUUGGCUCCUUUUGUUUAUGAACAAUUUACCGGCCAAAAGGUUCCGCCAAUGACUGGCACCAUGGCUGACAUUA